CAACAGUGCUUGUUGUAACAACUUCUAUUAGAGAUCACUUCUCGAAAUAUUUUUUUUUUUGUUGCUUCGAAAUAAAAAAUAAUAGUGCGUGUGAUGUGUUUUUAAAAAAAGUGUGUGUUGUGCGUCAUUUACAUUAAUUAUACAUUAGAGAAAAAUCGGUGUUUUGUGAUUAAUUUUUUUUUCCGUUUUAUUCUGGAACGUCCAUUACGGGACGUUCCAAAUUUUUUCUUUUAUUUUUGGGUAUUUUUCUAAUUUUCAAAAAUGCUCACGUACAAUUCUUUGGCAAUGUAUCGGCAGCAGCAACAACAAUCGUUGUCGCAGCAAGUGCAACAUUCGUCACAGCAUGGACAACAGCAUCAUGGUCCAGAUGAUGCUGUUCAACAAUAUUGGUACGGCUAUCCACAUGGACAUGCACAUCCGGCACAUCAUCAAAGUGCACCGGGUCCACAGCAGUAUUUAAAUCCAACUGAUGUAUUAACAUGGCCGCAUGCACAUCAUUAUUCACAUUUACAAUAUCAACAUCAUCAGAGUUAUCAGCAGCAGCAACAACAAUUGAGCGGUGGUGUUAAUGAUUGGAGCGGCGAUGAGGGCAAUGGAUCGUCAGCCGUCGGUGUUCCCAAUGAACCAAGUCCGCCGAUAACAAUAAGCGGAAGUGAAAUUAGCAGUCCUGGAACGCCAGCAACACCACCCGCUAAUAAUAAUAGUGUUACGGCUAUUAACAAUAAUGGUUCGACAACGCCAAUUCGACCGGGACAAAUACGCAGCCCUUAUGAAUGGAUGAAGAAGCCUUCCUAUCAGACGCAACCCAAUCCUGGCAAAACAAGAACAAAGGACAAAUACAGAGUAGUCUACACGGAUCAUCAAAGACUAGAACUGGAAAAGGAAUUUCAUUACAGUCGUUACAUCACGAUUCGUCGUAAAGCGGAACUCGCAGCCAAUCUUGCCCUCUCAGAACGACAGGUUAAAAUUUGGUUUCAAAACCGAAGGGCAAAAGAGCGUAAGCAAUCGAAGAAACGUGAGGAACAAGAGCAAAAGGACAUAAAGCCAACGACGGAACAACUCGCCGGAAGUAUGGCGAGUCUUGGAUUUGCCGGAAUGAGCAGUAUGCUCGGCAACUUUAUUCAAAAUGGAGGCUCGCCACCAUUGGCCGCUCAUCCAUUAGCGCUCGGUGCCAAUGGACUGCAACCACAUCAUCACGCAAAAUUAUACUCGUAAUUAGUGAAAAAAAAUUGCUAUAUACCAUAUGUAUUAUAUAAUAUAUAUACUAU